AUGCGAUACUCUACUUGUUUCGGGCCGCGGCUGCCGAUGAAAGCGGAGCAACCGCUGAGGAUGGCCAGCAUCCACGCGAACACGACUGGCACGGUGGCUGGACCUGGCGCAUCCGACGCUUUCGUCGCUGUCAGGACGAUGCUGCCGACAAACUGGGGUCAAAACAUUACAUGCGCACGAGUUAGAACCAAGAGACAGGUCAUGUGCUCAGGGGCAAAGUUGUCGUUUGGAAAGUCCCAACUUACCCACCAAAUUGUGAGCCAAGAGAAGAUUACAAAUUCGACGUUCGGAGGGAGCUGGAUUGUGGAGCAGUACUCAAGUGUAUACCAGAUAAUGGUGAUGGUCAGAACGAUAAAGGCUAUAGUUGCCCAAGUCAGCUGCAUGUACAAACCGCAUAUAAAACAGGCGGCAUAA